AUGGGCUCGAUUACAAGCAAUGCGAAAUCGCAAACGGACUAUGCUUUUACUGUCUACCGCGGCACAUUCAUUCAAUCGAUUCUGCCCGACUCAGAUUCCAAGCCUGAAUUGUCUCGCAACCAAGGCGCAUUAUGGGUCUCUGCUUUUGAUGGCCGCAUUCAAGGUUGGGAUUGGCAAGCCGGCGAAGACAAUGCGUUUGCCGAAUUGAUGAGUCGGAAUGGGUGGAUUGAUAUAGAUGCCGUUGACGCCCAGGGGCAAGUUAAUGGUCAUGGUUCGAAGAUCAGAGUGAAGAUUGUUACUGCGAGCGAGGAACAAAAUGAGUUCUUCUUCCCCGGAUUUAUUGACACCCAUAUACAUGCCCCGCAAUACCCCAACGCGGGUCUCUUCGGCUCAUCAACACUUCUAGAUUGGCUAGAGACCUACACGUUCCCAGUAGAGUCACGCUUCGGGUCCCCACCAGACCCAAAAACAGGCCACCAAACCAAAACCGACCCCAGAGACACACCCCUCCUAGCGCAGCAAAUCUACAACCAAGUGAUCUCGCGCACACUAUCCCACGGCACAACCUGCGCCUCCUACUACGCAACAAACCACGUCCCAGCCACAAACGCCCUCUCAUGGCUCUGCCACACCCGCGGCCAACGCGCCUUCAUCGGCCGCGCCUGCAUGGACAACCCAGACUUCUGCGUAGGCUACUACCGCGACUUCAGCGCAGAGGACUCCAUCGUCGCAACCCGCCAGACAAUCGAGUACAUCCACACGCUAGACCCAGAAGGCAAGCUUGUGAAACCGAUCGUCACACCGCGUUUCGCGCCCUCGUGCACAAGACCCGCUCUACAGAGCCUCGGCGAACUAGCAGCUAGCUACUCGCCUCCGCUGCAUAUCCAGACGCAUAUCUCGGAGAAUGUCAACGAGCUCGCGCUCGUCAAAGAGCUCUUCCCUGAAGCGGACAGCUACGCCGCCGUCUAUGAUAAGUACAACCUGCUGACGCCGCGCACGAUCCUCGCGCACGCGGUGCACCUUUCCGCGGAUGAGCGGGCUCUGAUCCGUGCGCGCUCAGCGAAGAUCUCGCACUGUCCGGCGUCGAACUCGGCUUUGGGAUCGGGGAUUUGUCCUGUUCGGACGCUGCUUGAUGAGGGAAUUACGGUUGGCCUGGGCACGGAUGUUAGUGGGGGGUAUAGUCCUAGUAUUCUUGAGGCCGCGCGGCAGGCUUGUCUUGCUUCGCGGUUGUUGGGUCAAUCGGCUGCGUGGCAGAGGGAUCAUCUGGAUGGGGAUGGGGAUUAUGGUCGGGAGAAAUUGUCUGUUCCUGAGAGUCUUUACCUUGCUACGCGUGGUGGGGCGGCGGUUGUUGAUAUGGCGAGUGAUGUGGGUGGAUUUGAUAUGGGGAUGUUGUGGGAUGUGCAGUUGGUUCGGCUUGGUGGGGUUAAGUUGGGGGAGAAGAGUCCGUUGGAUGGUGUUCUUGGUGAUUGGAGUGUGGAUCAUGUGAAGGAUGGGCCUGUGGGGAAUGUUGAUUUGUUCGGGACGGAGAGUUGGGAGGAGAAGAUUCAGAAGUGGGUUUGGGGUGGCGAUGAUCGGAAUGUGAAGGCUGUUUGGGUUGGGGGGAGGUUGGUCCAUUCAAGGGUUUGA